AUGUCGAUAGAUAUACCGAUACCGCGCAAGUGGUUAAAUAGUCUGCUAAUAAUUUCACUAACAUUUGCCAUCUAUGCCAAAACGGUUAAUUUGCAACCCAUACAUGUGGCUGAAGAUGAAGGCGGCGAUGAGGAGGAGGCCGACGAAAUGAUGGAAUAUGCACCACAAUUUGAACACCCAGAAUAUGCAUUCAGUUAUGGUGUCAAAGAUCUACAUACCGGUGAUGUAAAGUCACAGUGGGAAUCCCGUGAGGGUGAUGGAGUUAAGGGUCAUUAUAGUGUGCUGGAACCAGAUGGCUCCAUUAGGACAGUAACCUAUACUGCAGAUGCCAAAUCGGGUUUCAAUGCGGUAGUUAAGACAGUGGGUGCAAAUUCUCAUCCAGUUACCGAUACGCCUCAUGGAGCAGAGAGCAAAAGCGAUGAUACAUCUCAAUCUAAGAUCAAUCAUUAUAGUUUGGAUCAAGAGCAUAUAGUGUUAAGUUCGGAUAUAAAGCAAAUUAAGAAACCCAUAGAAGAUUUAACACAUUCACAUCCGAAAAUACCUAGUUUAAUAGAGUUUAAACCUCAUGCUCGCAUAAGGCAAGUACCCAUGGAAUUGGAACCAGGCAUGAGGGAUCGUUUGAAAGAGGCCCGCGAGGAGUGUUCAUUUUCCACCUAUGAAAAUGAAGACAACGAAUGGAAGGCAGUGGUAAAUGAAAAUACUGAUUAUGCUACCCAUCAAAGCUAUGGUCUAAGUCCGGGUUAUUAUCAACAAUCGGAUGAUUAUCAGGUCCCUACGGCCCAAUCCCAGCAUUAUGAAAUUAAAAAUCAUCACAAGCACACUAGCCACAAGAAUACAAAUUCUAACAAUAAUCUCCAUACCGAUUUCAUAGCUUCCAAACCUCUACACUCUCAACGCCAUACCGCUCCAGGUUCCCAUCCGGAUCCCAAUAGCAAUAUUAUACCCUUCCACAAUAAGAAAACUGUUUUACCAACCACACCCGGUCUUAAGCAUUAUGCUUCUCUGCCCAAUAAAUAUCUCAACAACAAACCACGUCAUGAUUAUUCCAAUUAUUUCCAACGCAGCAAAUCUAAGAAGCCUCGCAAAUUUGAAACAACCAAACUUGAGGACUUAAUAUUUCCCGAAGAGGAAGUACAAUCAGCUGCUUCGGCCAGUUUAAUACAGUCUAUGGUUAAGCGGGACAAAAAGCACAUGUCACCCAUGUAUGCUCGCCAUUAUGGUAUCAACUCAGCGAAACCUUAUCGUUCAUAUCGUAGGCUUUGA